AUGGCUCUUAUGGACUUGAUUUUAGGAUUUGCUAAAAAGAUUAAGGAAAGCUCAGGGCAAAAGAAAAGUGGUGAGGUGGUGGUGCUCCCCCCUCUGCUGCACCUCCAAUUCUACCCCACUCCCCACCUCCAAUCCCUCCCUGCACCUCCAAUUCUACCCCACUCUCCGCCUCCAAUCCCUCCCUGCACCUCCAAUUCUAUCCCACUCUCCGCCUCCAAUCCCUCCCUGCACCUCCAAUUCUACCCCACUCUCCGCUUCCAAUUCUACCCCACUCUCCGCCUCCAAUCCCUCCCUGCACCUCCAAUUCUAUCCCACUCUCCGCCUCCAAUCCCUCCCUGCACCUCCAAUUCUACCCCACUCUCCGCCUCCAAUCCCUCCCUGCACCUCCAAUUCUACCCCACUCUCCGCUUCCAAUCUCUCCCUGCGCCUCCAAUUCUACCCCACUCCCCGCCUCCAAUCCCACCCUGCACCUCCAAUUCUACCCCACUCUCCGCCUCCAAUUCCCCCUGA